UCUGCACCUGUUGAACUGUCGAUGUGGCCACCUUUUCCCUUCUUAUCCACUUUGUUGCGUGCACUAUAGUCGUCAGUCCCACUUGCUGACAGGACGGUAUGAUGAUCAAGUUUGGAGUUGCGAGUUGGGAAGAGAUUAUGCGAGACUGAGAAAAUCUGAAAAAAUUUAGAACAGUGGUAUGAGGAAUUGCAAUGGUGUCUUGCUUUGGAUUUAUCUUUUCAUUGGAAUUAGUAUCUGAAUUCGUGUGCACCCGGCGGGGCUUCGCUUUAGUUCUGGAUCACAUCUUUUUAUGUAGUAUUCUUAUCUAUUUCCUCAAAGCUUCUCUCUGACGUUAUAUGAAGAUAGGAUGCCGAAGCAGUGAUUAAUUUGAAUUUUGAGCAACACAGUUUCUUCAGUUGAUGGAUUGAGAAGCUCUUCUUUGGCCGGGUGCUGUGUGUCAUGGCGACGGGCUUGGGAGCGUCGGUGGAGAGAUGGAAGAGGAGAGGUUCUAAUUUUUGAAGUUCGCCUUGAUGGGAUUUUUUUGAACUCUGUUGGUGGAAUUGCAUCGAAAGCGGUUGAACUUUUGGCCGCCUCACUCCUCGUACACGUGAUGUGAAGCUCCUUCAUAUGGCUUAAGGUUUUAGCUACACGAUUCCACGCAUAACCUCACUCCCCGCCGGGGGGGGGGGGGGGGGAGGGGAAAAGAGUUGUGGGAUCAAAUUUUAGUGAUGUUGUAGUAAGAUUGGUGUUCCGAGUGUUCUCGGUAGUUGCCAUUGCUGGGUUGUUUGUGAUUAUGGCGGUGGCAGUGCGUUUGGAAUCUGUUUUUUGUUUUAGACAUCCUCCUGUAUCCAUCACUAGUAGAAAUUUGUGUGCGUGCGCACAUGUAAAAACCGGCAACCUAUUUGUGAUCCGAUUAAAGUCACUACCAUUUCCUCAAUCCCAGCGGCUAGCAAUCUUUCAAGUGCGAUGCAGCUCGACUGCGGAUGCCUCGCGGGAUAGUUGUAUGCCUUUCCCGACUCUUUACGAGCUCCUUGAGAUUCCGCAGCAUGUUGGGUUGCCGGAAAUUAAGCUCGCAUACAGGCAAAUGGCACGACGUUACCACCCAGAUGUGUGCCCCCCAACUGAGAAAGAGGAAUGUACGAGGCGCUUCAUGCAGGUUCAAGAAGCGUAUGAUACGCUCUCAGAUCCUCACCUACGAGCAGAUUAUGACCUCUGGUUGCAGAACCCUUUGAACGCUAAAACCCUCUCAGCUGGUUUUAGAGCAGGAAAUCGCAGAAGAACAGGAAAAUUUGACAUGGAUGUGAGUGACGAUUGGAGGGACCAUUGGAAGUCUCAGUUGCAAGAGCUUAGACGUAGAGAAGGUAGAGGUGUUAAAGAAGAAUCUUGGGCAUCUAGGAUGAGGAAGAAACGUGAAGUCGAGUAAGUAUCACCAAUAAUGUGAUACUCGCAUCUGCUCGAAGCUAAGAGACUCAAAACCCCCCACACGUUUCUGAACUAGCAGUGAUAUGCAGGAAUAACACAUAAUAUGGAUCCAAAAUAAUCACUAUUAGCGGCACAAGUUGUGUAGCAGUUGGUGUAAAGAUGUAGUUAAGUAACCCAAUUUUGACAUGUAUCAUACUGCCUGCGUGCAGAAAUCAGACUAUGUAUUUGGAUGGAGAUGGAGAUAUGAUACCGCACUUCUUCUUUUCUGCAUGCGAUGCCAGGCUCUUAGGACCCUGAGUGAAGCCCACUUCAGGUCGAGUUUCAAGCUGAAUUCUGAAAGGUUCUAUUUCCUGAAUUUGGGACCAUAUUCUUGAAACUCUAAACAUUUGUACUUCAUUUGGUGCAACUUUUAUUUUUAUGUUUAUUAAACACAUAAACUAAAACAAGAUAAAAAUGGAAGGAGAGGACGGAAAAAGAGAAGUUGGGAAGGCCACCCGAAAUCCAUGAAGGGAAAUAAACAUGCAUUUUUCAGUA